AUGGCUGAGGCCAACAAAACCUACGGAUUCACCAUUGCUGUCAAAGAACUGCGCGAGACCGUCCCCAACAUCUUCCGUUACGCGUCAGCUUACAAGCGAAAGAACAAUCUGAAGUCAAAGGGCCUGUGGGAGAUGUUCCUUGAGAGAGACCCUGAGGAAGAACCCAAGCCUGAAGGGGAGAAGCAAGAAAAGCUUCCCGAGGAAAUCCUGCAGAACGAACCCGGCGAGAACACCGUUCCUGACGUCGACCCGGAAGCCAUGGAGGGCGAGAAAUAUAACAUGUGCCAUUUCUGGAGUAACUUUGAAAUUGCGCGGUUGGAUUGGUUCCGCAGCAAAGAGUAUGAGGAUUUCUUCGAGAUGAUGGACCGCAGUGGAGGGUUCUGGACCGAACGAUGGGGUGAUGCGCCGAUUCAUUCCCUUGCCGCAGGUGCCCUCCUGUCCCCCGCCGAUAUCCACUAUUUCCGUGACUUUGGUUACCGACACACCACCAUUCAACAUUGUCCCGCCAACGCUCCUGCCCGCCAACUGCCUCGGAUCCCUUGGCUUGAAAUGACCACGCAAGACGAGAAAGAGCGCUUCGAAGAGGAUGAAUACUGGGCCAACUCUGAUCCGGUCAAGGAGAAUGGUGUCGGCUGCAGAUGUAGAUGCGAUACAGAUAUUGUGGAUGUCGAGGGCAAGCAAGGCAGCUGUCUCGCUGAAUGGGUGGAAGUUGCGGGAGGCUGGGCAUCGCCCUAG